UAUCACUCCCCAGUAACUGACGGGAAACUAACGUGUACAGCACAAGUGAGUGAGCGGAUGGAUGAGUAAGAGAUAUUUAGGCAGAAACAGUUGAGAAAGAGCAGUCAGCGUCUGAACACUGAACAAGGAGGACGUUGAGAGAAAGGAUGAACUGCAAGAAGUGUCAUGCCUCGUUUGAGAAGGAAGGAAAGGACCCACUGCUGCUUCCUUCAUGUGGCCAUACUCUGUGUAGAAACUGUUUACGCCUCUUCAUCCAACACAACGGUUUCAAAUGUCCAUUUUGCGGGAAGAAGCAGCCCCCAAACCUGAACCUAGGAGACUUGCUCCCAAACUAUGCCAUUCUUGAAAUGAUGGAGAACAUGGACGAUGAGAAAGGAUGCAGCGGAAGGAAGAAGGGCAGACACAGAUCAAGAGGGAGGACGGCGAAAGACAGGGAAAGGAGUGUGAUUAGGAGUACUGAAAGUGAGUGUCUGGAGCAUGUGGGGGUACGGCUCAUGUACUGGUGCGGCCCAUGUGGUGUGGCAGCGUGUGGCGAAUGUGUGGUGGAGAAGCACACUGGUGGGGACAGCAGUGGAGGCAGGAGGCACCAGACUGUGAGGAUUGAUACUGCACUGAAGAUGAGGAGGAGUGAGGUGGAAGAGCUUGUGAUUAUAUUGAUGCAAACUCUGGAGGCAGCAGAGAAGAAACACGGCAACCUUAUCAAGUCAUCUCCCUUCAUCUCGGCUGCCAGGAAGCUGCAGACAGAGGUGACAGCGGUGAUGGGGAAGAUGAGGGUGGUGAUGUCCCUCCUGUCCCGCCUGAUCCAGGAGACCGAGGAGGGCAACGCAGGACUCCAGCACCUGCGUGUGGAGCUGGACGAGCUGAUUCAGAAAACGCCACCGUCCGGGUCGGCCAUGGGGAGUGUUUCGGAGAUCAUGGCUUUACUGAAACACCUGAAGGAAAUUGAGGAGUUCCGUGACGGCGCUGUAGCCAAGGUGCUGGAGGAGACAGAAGCCUUAGGCAAAGAGGACCGGAUGAUAUUUUUUGGCUUGGCCUCAGCCCACAGUGCCGUUCUUAAUCAGAAAGCUGCUGUCCUUUGUAAGCAGCUGGUGUUGUGCAGUGGUGGGUGUCACUUGGAUGUGGUGGGUGGUGGUGGCCUGCUGGGGAGCCUCACUUGGGAGCGGAACAAGUUUCAUCUGCACUGCCUUCGUCUGCCUUCAGGGCCUCGCAGAUCCACUUCAGACCUAGUACGCUGCCAUGCUCUCAAGUGGCAGGUCUUACAAACACAGAUGCAAGAAGUGAAGGAAGUGUUUCUGGACCUGGCAUGGGGAGGACAAGGCCAGGGUGCAGCAGGGAAGGAGAGACUGUACUUGAAACUCUGCUGGUUUGACUCGGUUUCUGAGGCUUCCUGUCGCUGCUUCCUGCACCUGGUGAUGGGCGAUGAUGAUGAUAACAGUGAUGGCACCACCUCCCUCCUUGGCCCUCUUCCUGGGAAAAUUCUGGAGGUAUUAGGCCGGGCCAUCCUGCUUGGCACACGCUCCCAGAAGGAAGGAGAAGGCACAGGGAACAAGAGUACAGCAGACUGCCAUCCCACUGCCAAUGCUGUAGCUCCAGCCAUUGUUGAUGCCGGGGACUUGGUAUGCAUUAAGGGACGGCAAGGUGAGGAAGAGGCAGAGUUCUGGCUGGUGACAGAGGGACCUACACGCAUAGCCAAGCCUCCUGCCACUUAUGAGGUGAUCGGGGCUCUCCUACCUGCCCACAAAAGCCUCCUGGCCAAGCUGCCAAGUCUCAAAGGCAUGAAGGUGGAGGACUGCGGUGCCAUAAUUGCCAAUGAGAAGAAGGAGAGGGAGUCUCCUCACAGUUCCUCAGCGGCCCCGUCUGCCAGAUGGUAAGGAAGGAAGCCACUCCCCAGUGACAAGAUGAAGGGACUAACAGUGAUAGUUCUGGUGGUGGUGCUCCUCCUCUUGCUCGCCAUGUCUCCUGCAAGAGAGUCCUGCUGAUCUACAGAGAGAGGUGAUUGGUAUUGGCUUUUUAUUUGUAUAUACCUUUCAGUGCCAUUUAAUUUUUGUAUUAUCUAGUUAGUUCUAGUUUUUACACUAUUUUACAAUGGGUGUCAAGGCAAAGCAGUGUUUCACAAAACUAAACCUGUCAAUUAUUCAUCCCUUGCAUCUCUACACAGCCCAAUUUUCCAUCCUUUACCAUCCUGUUUUCCCUGGCCCCCUUCUCUUUCCUCCCUCUCAAUUUCUCCUCACAUAUCCCACAGUAUUUUUAAGAAACUACACCCUUAUUCUUUAUCUCCCUCUUUUUCUCCCCAACCCCCAAAUAAGGUGGUGGUGGUGGUGAUGAUGACAGAGGCAGAAUAAUAAACAUGGUGACUAAAUAAAAUGUGCACUGCAAUGAAGAGAAUAUUAAAAAGAAAAGGUGAAGCAUGUUGAUGUGAUUAUACAUAAUGAAAAGUUAUAAUUUUUGUAUUAAUAAAUAAAUGUCAUUACACAA